AUGAAUAGAUUUAAGGAGUUAUUCAAUUCAGUGGCUUUGGUCAGAGGAAAACCUGUACCGCCGUUGACGACAAUAGCGUAUGAGACGGAGAGUGUGUCGGAUGGCAUUCAAUUGAUGCAAAACAGGGCUAAUACAAAGUUUACACUAAUUGUCAAAAUGUCGGCAAAUAUUAAAGGAUUCAAUGAUUUGUGCGAAGACGACAAGAUUGUGCUCCUGAAGGCCGGCUGCCCUCAACUCUGGCUUUUGCAGAAUAUCAUUAAUUUCGAUAUCGACGGCAAGUUUUGGAGAGUUUUCAUUGGGGAAGAGAAGGCAACGCUAUUGCGGACGAGUGUUUUGGAGGGAUGGAGUGAUGAAGUGAUACAAAGCCAUAAGAAUUUCAUGUUUAGUUUGAACGCUGAAUACAAUUGUGAUAUGAGUUUAAUUGAUUUGCUAUCAUCAAUUGUGCUUUUUGAUCCAGAUGUACCAAAUUUGGUUCACAAAACCAGUAUAAAAUUACAACAGAAGACAUACAUGUAUUUACUUCAACGGUAUUUAGAGAUUAAACACAACUCAAAGUCAGAAUCGGAGACACGAUUCAAGCGUUUAAUGAAUUGUCUGCGAGCGUUGUAUCCGUUGACUCAAUUAGUUCGCCAUCAUUUUGGAAAAGCACUCAUACAUCCCAUACGAGUGGCACCUCUUGUACAGGAGAUAUUUGAAAUAUAAUCUGUUGAUCAUGAUUAAUUAAUUGCAUUUAAUAUAAUUUUAUAGCUAGUCAAAUAUUAC